AUUAUCAUUUGAACGCUUAGACGAGUAGGUCUAGUCCAGUACACGGUCCAGCUGUUGGGACACUUUGUAAAAUCUGACUCUAAAAUUUUAAAACUUUUUAGAAUUUUAUUUAAAUUUUUUUAAAAAUGAAUCGGGGUGGAUUUUCUCUUUUCAAAAUAUUUAUUAUUUUAAUAAUUAACCAAGUUGUGGAGGCAGGAAUCAUACCAGAACCGAACGGACCAUUUUAUGGGUUACCAUUUGAAGGGAAAUCUGGAUGGAGAUAUCUUCUUCCCUUCACAAAAAUGGGGACUUGUGAGGCAAAUAAAACGUACACGAUAACAUCCAUAAACGACUUUUACGACCACACCACCCAACUCGAGUGCAUCUACGCGGGGUCACGAAUCCCCACCAAAAUCCCGGUAGGACCCAUGCACGCCACAAUUAUCACGGUGUUGAAUAGCCUGAUUUUCAACCCCUUCAUUGAGCCCAUCUGGGACGGGAAAUACAUUAAAGAGACGAUUUGCAACGGGACAAAAAUCUUUGUCGGGUUUAACGCAUUUCCCACCGGACCGAGUAUGCCGUUUAUCCCGAAAAUUCGGAAACACGGGCUCAACCUGGCUCCGGCAGAGUGGGACGAUGGAAAGGGCGGAUUAGUCGUGGAAUAUAGCAACGAUGUCAUGGAGAUAUGCCCGGAAGUGAGGGACGAUGUCCUAUCCAAAGGAGGAAAAGGUGCUCCAAGUGCACACAACAUAUGGAGCAAAGGGAUCCCGUUCAUGGAUGUGAUACGAUUCGUAGGCAGGCAGACGGACGGGGGAAACAUCUACUUGUUAAAGACAUAUUUGAGAGAUGCGUUUCGAUCCGACAAGAUGGCCGUGACAACCGCUUUCACCGCCAUUUUAAACUAUGACGAAACAGCGGAACCAACAAUAUGCUCAGGAGUAGCUACGAUACCUUUGGAAAAAGGAUUCACGUACACAUUUCCUGGACUGAUGGACGCCAUCAUUCGGGGACUACCAUUCGAUAAUUUCCUCUUCGCAGAGUCGCGACGUCAAACUUUAAGACAAGUGUACCGCGAGGGAAGUGCGAUGAGGAGAAAUAUUUGGAGGUUCCUGCAAGAUCUACCCGGAAGUACUAUGAAAAUAUUACAGUUUGGCAUAAAAUGGGCAGCGGAGUAUGACGCCGAUAAACGAAGAACGUCUCCGUGGACGAAACCUGACGGGUGUUAAAGUUCCUAAGGAUUUAAUUCUAAUUUAAUGUGAUAAUUAUCUAAUAAAAUGCGCCGUGAGAAGUUGUCGCACUCUUAUAAA